UACAAGGAGGCCAUGAUGGAGGACCACCAGACCCUCACAUCACCAGGAAGAUCCAGUAAGAGAAGAACACCAGAGAGAUGUCCCAGUCCUCUUCUUCCACAGGAUCAUCAGCUUAUGAAACAGAAUGAAGAUCUGAACAGUAUUACUCCUACAUAUACAUAUGUGAGGGGUGAUGACCAGUGUAAAGAAGAAAUUCCUACAGAGACAUAUGUGAGGGGUGAUGACCAGUGUAAAGAAGAAAUUCCUACAGAGACAUAUGUGAGGGGUGAUGACCAGUGUAAAGAAGAAAUUCCUACAGAGACAUAUGUGAGGUGUGAUGACCAGUGUAAGGAAGACAUUCCUACAGAGACAUACGAGAGGUGUGAUGACCAGUGUAAGGAAGAAAUUCUUACAGAUAACCACCCAGAUGACUGUACCUGGAGAUCAGAGGGGCAUCUCAUAUCUUCAGAUUUUAAAGCUGAUGAUAGUGAUAUCAUACAAUACACAUAUGAUGAGCAUGCCAUCAUCUCAGAUGUACCCGCAGACCUUCAGAGGGAUCUAUCGUCGGACUCUUUUAAACAUCAAAGAACUCAAGCAAAGAAGCAAUAUUCAUGUUCCGAAUGUGGGAAAUAUUUUAGUAAGAAAUCAAAACUUAUUGACCAUCUAAGAAUACACACAGGGGAGAAGCCAUAUUCAUGUUCACAAUGUGGGAAAUGUUUUACACAGAAAACACAUCUUCUUCAGCAUCAAAGAACUCACACAGGGGAGAAGCCAUUUCCAUGUUCGGAAUGUGGGAAACAUUAUAGUGAUAAAUCAUAUCUUCUUAAACAUCAGAGAAUUCACACGGGAGAGAAGCCAUUUUCAUGUCCAGAAUGUGGCAAAUGUUAUAGUGACAAAUCCUAUCUUCUUAAACAUCAGAGAAUUCACACAGGAGAGAAGCCAUUUUCAUGUUCAGAAUGUGGGAAAUGUUUUCAUGAGAAACAAACUCUCAUCGCACAUCACAGAAUUCACACAGGGGAGAAGCCAUAUUCAUGUUCAGAAUGUGGGAAAUGUUUUACUUUAAAAUCACAUCUUCUUCAGCAUGGAAGAAUUCACACAGAGGAGAAACCAUUUUCAUGCUUGGAAUGUGGGAAAUGUUUUACUUUGAAAUCGAAUCUUCUUCAACAUGGACGAAUUCACACAAAGGAGAAACCAUUUUCCUGUCUCGAAUGUGGGAAAUGUUUUGCUUCAAAAUCAAAUCUCGUCACACAUCAAAGAAGUCACACAGGGGAGAAGCCAUUUUCAUGUUCAGAAUGUGGAAAACGUUUUACUAAGACAUCUGAUGUCGUUAGACAUCAGUUAGUUCACACAGGGGCAAAACCAUUUUCAUGUUCAGAAUGUGGCAAAUGUUUUACUCAUAAAACAAAUCUCGUCGCACAUCAAAGAAGUCACACAGGGGAGAAGCCAUUUUCAUGUUCAGAAUGUGGGAAAAGUUUUGCUCGGAAAUCUGAUCUUGUUAGACAUCAGAGAACUCACACAGGGGAGAAACCAUUUUCAUGUUCAGAAUGA